AUGGCUACCACAGUAUCGACCAUUGUCCAGCAGGAACACGUGCACACCCUGAGCAGUAAUCUCUCAGAAUAUCCCCACGAACAGGAGAAGCAGCCAGUGCAAGUCAACAUCCAGCUCUUUCAAAAAGCCCUACUUUUGCAAGCUGUAAGAGAGGCAUACACCCUCGUCACGGACCAUGAGGUCCCAGCCCUAGCACACCCAGACGAAAUCUUGAUCAAAGUUGCCGCCGUCGGACUCAACCCCGUUGACUGGAAAGCCCCUGCCUUCAACUUCGGUAUUCCCGGGUUGCCCUGGGUCUUCGGGCGAGACCUAGCGGGAAUCGUUGUCAAGACAUCAUCAUCUCAUAGCCCGUCUUCUUGCAUCCAAGUCGGAGAUCUCGUCCUCGUGCCUUCGACCGAUUACCGAGAUAUUCGGAAAGCUGCUUUCCAGGAAUAUGCCGUGGCCUCACAGCAUAACGCCGCAAAAAUUCCACAGAACAUCUCAAUUCACCAAGGCGCUUGCGUCGGGGUAGCAUAUGUCGCGGCGGCCCUCGCGUUGGGCGUUUGCUUUGGCCUGGAUUUCUCAGCUGCGACAGCUGCGGCCGGUCCCAACCUAGUGCAUAUUCUAGGAGGAAUCGACAAGAGCACAGUUCCAGAAGAUAUUGCGGGAGAAUGUUUCCAGGUUGGCGAGGCGCAACAUGUCAGGCAAGGAGAGUGGAUUGCUAUCUGGGGAGCCUCCACCACAACAGGAUACAUUAUGACCCAACUCGCCAAGCAGUGCAGACUGAAAGUCAUCUGCGUAGCCGACGUCAGCCGCCACGGAAGGACGCUCCACGAAGCCGGGGCAGACCUGCUCGUCGACCGGUUCGACGAGAAGCGAGCGAUCGAGAUAAUACGCGGCGUAACGGGAGGGCGUCUUCGGUAUGCGCUGGACAUGGUUGGACGCGAGACCGCCACAAUCCUACAGGAAGCUCUCUGCACAAACCCUGACAGUCCGCAAGCACACCUUCUGGGGCUUACGGGGAUGCCGAAGGAACGACACCCGCGCAUUCGCUACCACUCUGUUCCAAUUAAGCUCUUCCAUAUCUGUGAGCCCGUAGCGGAGGGACUCAUGCGGUGGCUGGAGUGUUUGCUUGAAACUGGGGCUCUGACACCGCCGGAGUUGAUCGUGCGGAACGAUGGGCUAGCGGGGGUGAAUGAUGCGUUGAAUAUGCUGCGGGACGGGUCGGCCUCUAAUAGAAGGAUUGUGAUUGACUUGGAUGGUUCUGGUGAUUCGCGGACGUGA